GUAUACCUUGACGUGUUUCUGAUGUAACUUUAUCCAAGAAAAAGUCAAAAUAUCUAAUCCUCCAAGAGCGAUUAAGAUUAAAUAACGUAGAAGAUUCAAACUACGCCCUUUUAAAAGAUUAUUGCAUGCGUCAACCAGCUUCAACGUUGUAACUAUUCCCAAUGUUGUAACGAUUUCUUAUGACGGUCUAAACAAAGAAUUUUCCAGCAUAAGAAAAAUAAAACGCAGAUGAGGAUAUGUCGCAAUCGGAUCUUAAGUUUAUGAAAAGAAUAAACCAUCCUUGUGUUAUGGAAUAGAUUAUACUCGACUAUUUGGAACAUUUCAGUCAAUUUGGAAGAAUGCUAAAGUUCUUUUAACAGAAUUGUCUUUUGUUUACACACGUCUUCCAGACGUCAAAUAAAAUGUCAGUUAUUAAACAAAUCUACUCAAACAUGCGAAUAUGACACCCUAGUUUAAUAAAGUUGUCUUAAAAAUCUACUACAUAAAUAGUUGCAGGAUUGCAUGUGUCGCAUUCACAAGCUAACAUACACAACGCUCACACUUAAGAUUGUGACACUAUCAGUACUCAACUCCAAUUAAAACAGUAUUCACACACACACACAAGCUUUCCUGUGAAAAGUCGAAAGAAUGUGUUCGUAUCUGUGGUAUUCGUUUGUAACUGCCGUCAUCAGCACUGUUGUUGUGUGCUCUCCGCUAAAAACAGAUAAAUCAGCAAAUUCAGUCGAAGACCUGCAUAUUGAAUUAAUCAAGAAGAAGAUCUUAGAGCAGCUACAUUUCACAACAAGACCGCCAAAAGAAAUCAGGAGAGGAAAAAUUGUGGUACCACGGCCAGCUCUGGAUGACGAUAAAAACGACGACAAACGAGAAGAAAAUAAAGUUGAGAUUCUUCUUCCGUCCGAAACAAAAUCUACCUUAAGCCACACUUUCAGUGUUACAGCUGAUGUUUUUAAACAAGGACAUGUCGAAUAUGCAACAUUAUCCGUGUACAAAAAAGGUGUAAAUAAAGAUGGCGUCGAAACAGUGACAUUAAAAUACGGAAACAAAAUUUUACAACGCAAAACAUUCCCUGUUACCUUUGCUGGAUGGGUAACAUUCGAUGUAGGAAAUGCGAUAAAAUAUCACAAAGGCGAUAAAAUUACGUUUAGUUUCGUUUGUAGUCAAUGUGCAGGAAACAACGACUUUUUGCUUACCUCUGGAACAAAAUAUACACCGUACUUGACGGUAAGAGCUUCACUUAACCGACACAAGAUUGUUAAAAGAUCAACACCGACAUGUAGCGACAAAAAGGCGUGUUGUUUGCAAUAUUUAUACGUUAAUUUUACAGAGAUUGGUUGGAAUGAUUGGGUCAAAGAACCAAAUGGCUUUGUAGCAAAUUACUGUGCUGGAAAAUGCUCGCAAAAUCCAUUAAAAAACAAAUUAAGUUUGGAAAAAUUGGCUGGAUACCUGCCUCCAUCUUCAUGCUGUAUAGCAAAGGAACACGCACCAUUGACUUUAUAUUUUCACCGCGACAUGGUGAUUUACAAAAAAGUUUUCAAGAACCUGGUCACAACGAAAUGUGGCUGCACGUAGAAUGAAUGAAGAAAACGUAUUGAUCACAAUCCGCUACUUCUGUACUGUAUCGUAAAUAUCAGUAGUUAUAGGAAGAAAAGAUAUUAUGGUCCAGCCACGUUAGAGAAGAAGUAGAACAUAAAUUCUUAUCGAGAAGAAGUUGUAAAACCUAACCUUUCCAUUGUAAAUGGAUUUAGUUUAGAUUUAACUCUAGUAGAAUGUUUAACUGCACUUUUUCGUCACCUGAAAAGGUUAAAUUUGCUGUUUUGCCUGAUUAAGAAUAUAAAUGAAAUAAAAUAAAUGUUGAAUAGCUAAAAUAAGUCCAUCGUGAUUAUUAUUUCAAUUAAAUUUCAAUCCCAACUAAGUAAAUCUGAUUAAUUAAACAAAAAAGAGAAUAAGGAAUGUUUCGCAAAAAACCUUCCGCUCCGUAUCUAAUUGGAUAUGAAAACCAAGAAGAAGGAAAGUUUUGAUAUUGUCAAAUUCUGGGAUAAAAAAACGACUCCCGCCUUUCUAAACGGAUAAGGUAGGACUAAAAAACUGUCCAAGACUAAACUGAGAAACUAUCAUAAUUAAUGAACUCGGCUACUGUCAUAAAGUACUAUGUCAAGAUAAUGACGUAAUUAAUGACGUCAUAUAAAGUUAUAGCAAGUUACGAUUAACUAAUAUUGAUAAUAUAUUGAAUUAUUUUUUCUACUCUUUUUUUCUUUUAUUUAAUAUUUAGUUUUAUGUAUUUUUAUUUGUAAGUAAUUGACACCAAACUUCUUUCCAAUCUCUUUUAGAAGAUAAAAAGUUUGGAAACCAGUUUGCAAACGUAGAAUUGUCUAAUGACAUUAAAUUUUUAUGUGACAAAACAUUUGGGUGUAUUUCCUUUGCUUGCCCCCAAAGUUGUCAACGAGAAUUUAAGCCAUAGAGAUAUUUUAGGUUAAAAACCAUUACUUGUACCGACAUUUCGUUUCUAUAGCAUUUUCUUUCAAUUUUUGAUACUGUUUGGAGCAAGUAAAUUCUGGAUGUAACUAGCGGUC